AUGUGCUGGAACGGCUAUGAGCUGAUUUCUCUGGGUCAACCCAAGUGCACGCCAGCUACAGAGCACACGCCUCCCCAACCCGGCCAGCCGCCCGUGCUCACCCCUGUGGACUGCUCGCAGCAGCAGGAGUUCAACACUGCUCUCUACAGCUUCUUCACGGAAACUUCCGGGGGGAGCCUGGGCGUGCGGAGUGCAGGGGGAAUAUGGGGAGGGCGGACAGAGCGGUGGGAAGGGGUGGUUGGCGAGCCGGAGCGGUGUGGACUGGCGGUUUGGGCAGACGAUGCUGCAGACAUUUAA